AUGGUUCUGGCAAAGUCGAAGCAGAGUGUGGGGUUGGGCAAUGCCUUGAUGAACGAUCGCUUCGGCAAGGGCAAGGGUUCCGAUAGAAAGAAGGCCGGCGCCGUUGCGCGAACGCACCAUGCCACUGGCGAGCAGUACCUCGUCAACGAGAAGCAGGAUGCCGCCUGGGUCAAGAUGCGCUCCGUCACGGAGCAGAGCGCCAUGGACGAAUUCCUGUCGACCGCCGAGCUGGCCAACACCGACUUUACCGCCGAAAAGACCAACAACGUCAAGAUUAUCCAUACCGACCAAAAGAACCCAUACCUGUUGUCCGCGACCGAGGAGCGCGCCGUUCUGGGCAAGCACAAGAAGCACAGGGAUAGACUGACGGUCCCCCGACGACCAAAGUGGGACGCCUCGACGACACCACAGCAGCUGGAUCUCCAAGAGCGUAACUCGUUUCUCGACUGGAGACGAGGGCUGGCCGAGCUGCAAGAAAAUAACGAUCUGUUGAUGACACCCUUUGAAAGAAAUCUGGAGGUCUGGAGACAAUUAUGGCGUGUUAUCGAGCGUUCCGAUCUUAUUGUGCAGAUUGUCGACGCCCGUAACCCUCUGCUCUUCCGAUCCGAGGAUUUGGAAAACUACGUCAAGGCUGUUGACCCCAAGAAGGAGAACUUGCUCCUCAUCAACAAGGCCGAUAUGAUGACACCGAAGCAACGCCACGCCUGGGCUCAGCACCUGAAGAAGGCCGGCAUCGCUUUUAGAUUCUUCUCGGCUCACCUCGCCAAGGAGAUGAAUGAGGCGCGCGACAGGGAGGAAGAGGACGAUAGUGAGGAGGAGACUGCGCAGACUGCAAAAACUGCUGGCAAGCGUCGCGCGGCCGAGCCGGAGUCGUCAGAGGACGAAGACUCCGAGGAAGAGUCGGGCGAGGAGGGCGCUGGUGGCGCGAGUGUGGAAACCGACGAAACCGAGAUUAUGGACGUCGACGAGCUCGAGGAGAUGUUUCUCCGCUACAAGCCCGCCGACGCCGCCGCCGAGACCAAGCUGCAAGUCGGCCUCGUCGGCUACCCCAACGUCGGCAAGUCGUCGACCAUCAACGCCCUCAUCGGCGCGACAAAGGUGUCCGUCUCGUCGACGCCCGGCAAGACCAAGCACUUCCAGACGAUUCACCUCUCGGACCGCGUCAUCCUGUGCGAUUGCCCCGGUCUCGUGUUCCCCAACUUUGCCUCGACCAAGGCGGACCUGGUCUGCAACGGCAUCCUGCCCAUCGACCAGAUGCGCGAGUUCACGGGCCCCGUCGGGCUCGUCACGCAGCGCGUGCCGCACCGCUUCCUCGAGGCCGUCUACGGCAUCCGCAUCAAGAUCCGCUCCAUGGAUGAGGGCGGCACCGGCGUGCCCACGGCCGAGGAGCUGCUCCGCGCCUACGCCGCCGCGCGCGGCUUCAAGACGUCCGGCCUCGGCCAGCCCGACCAGUCCCGCGCCGCGCGCUACGUCCUCAAGGACUACGUCAACGGCAAGCUUCUCUUCGUCUCGCCGCCCCCGGGCAUCGAAGACGCCAACGAGUUCAACGAGGAGCUCUACGACGAGGAGCAUCUGCCCGAGAAGCGCCGCGCUGCGCUCGCCGCCGCUGCGGAGCAGCUCUCCCUCGCGGAUGAUCCGCUGGCAGAUGGCGCAUCCGUCGCCGGUGCCUCGGACAUGGUCUCGAUUCAGCCGCCGCCCGCCGUGGGACCCAAGACGCGGAAGCUCGACAAGGGUUUCUUCGGCGCCAAGAGCGCCGGCGGCCACGUCACCCAGCCCUUCAACUACAAGUACACGGAGCAAGGCGCGCUCGAGUCGGGCAAGGCCCUGACGGGCCGCAAGGCGCGCACGGCUUACGCGCUCGAGAACGGGCUGGACCCCAAGGAGCUGGCCAAGGCGACCAGCAAGAAGCAUUUCAAGGGGGGCCAAAGCAACGGCAAGGGCAAGAAGUCGCACCGUACAUUGAACGUGGACGAUGACUAG